AUGCCGGGCACCCAAGCUAGACCCUUCGGCGACGGACCUACGUGGAUCCGGUCGUGCGACGACAUCCCCGCCGAGGCCACCUUGGCCGGGACAACGCUCACCAUCCUCUCGUCAAUCGACUGUGGCGCCAACCCGAAGACGAUCGUCGUUACCGGUGACACGGUGGUUCGCUCCCAUGCCCCGAUGAACACCAUGGGCGUUGCCCUCAAGGUCCACCACGGGGCCAAGCUGACGAUCCGCGCGCCGACGGUUAUGAUGAAGAGGAGUGAGAUGAACAACCAACCCAUCCUUCGGGUCUUCGGAAGCAUCCAAUUCGAAGUGACCAGGCGGCUCCCCGAGCACCUCGAUGGCACGCUGAUGGACAAGCACGGGGUUGUGGCCUUCGAGGGCCAAGGGUCCCUAGAAUCGCGAAACACCAUUAUGUACACGGCCACGUCUGUCGUGGUGGCCGACCCUGCGGCCGCAGACCAGAAUGAGGCCAACCUUACGGCGACGAGCAUGCCUACCGACCCUGAGCUUCGCAGGAGGCUGAACAUCCGCCACGCCAAGAGCAACAGGGAACGCGACUCCGCCGCCGCCGCUGACAAGGACAUGUCGACGACCAACUCCGCCCCUACCGCUACCGUCGGAGGAGUCGCCGACGACAAGUCCUCCUCCUC